UGGACCCUCUAUGGCCUCGUACGUCAUUUCCUUUUUGUGUGCGUCUGAGGGGCUGCUGUACUGUCUGGCUGGGACGGAGGGCUUCCACGCGAAGCAGCUGGCGACUAACCAUAACCAUAAAGAAGCGCUUUUAUAUGUCUAGGAUUUGACAGUUAUUUGUUGUCGUAUUCAGCAUAUUUAUCAAUCAAGUUGGAGCUCAGUUGACUUUAUUCUCUCGCUGGUUCACACACGCUUCAGUGAACCACUGCAGUAGCAACAAACCGAGCACGCCGCUGCUGCCGCCGCCGUCGCCGCCUUUGCCGCUGCCGCUGCUGCCGCCGCUGUUGUUGUGAGAGGAGAAAACAAGCUCGGCGAGGAGUCCGCUAAAGCUGUGUGAUCAUUGACAGAGUUCAAUACACACAAGCUUCAAGUGAUAACUGGUGGGAGCUUUGUGCGGCGUACCUCUGAGCCUCUUCAAGGACCGAUAGCUGGGGGAUAUUUUUUUUGUCGCUGAAGCCCGAGGCAUUACAUGAUACAUGUAUUUUAUCUGAGCCACUGUCAGGCACUUGACCAGUAGAAGCGGUUUGCACGAUUUCCACCAGCUUGUCUGCAGCCCCCUCCCAACCCAGACAGUCUUCUGCCCCAGCAUGAAUGAAGUCAGUGUUGUGAGAGAAGGAUGGCUCCACAAGAGAGGUGAAUACAUUAAAACAUGGAGGCCUCGUUACUUCAUCUUAAAGAGCGAUGGCUCCUUUAUCGGCUACAAAGAGAAACCCGAGGUGUCCAGUGAUCACAGCCUCCCACCACUCAACAACUUCUCUGUCGCAGAAUGCCAGCUGAUGAAGACAGAACGCCCCAGGCCCAACACAUUCGUCAUCCGUUGCCUGCAGUGGACCUCGGUUAUCGAGCGCACCUUCCACGUGGACAGCAAUGAGGAGAGGGAGGAAUGGAUGCGAUCGAUCCAGGCUGUGGCGAAUAGCCUGAAGAGUCAGCAGCAGGAUGAGGAGCCCAUGGAGAUCAAAUUUGGCUCACCAAGUGACAGCAGCGGCACAGAGGAGAUGGAGAUUGCUGUGUCCAAAUCCCGCACAAAAGUGACCAUGAGUGAUUUUGACUACCUGAAGCUGCUGGGCAAAGGGACAUUUGGUAAAGUGAUCCUAGUGAAGGAGAAGGCCACAGGGAUGUACUACGCCAUGAAAAUCCUCCGCAAAGAAGUCAUCAUUGCUAAAGAUGAGGUGGCGCACACAGUUACAGAGAGCAGAGUUCUCCAAAAUACGCGGCAUCCCUUUCUAACGACACUAAAAUAUGCAUUUCAAACACACGACCGGCUAUGCUUUGUGAUGGAGUAUGCAAAUGGAGGAGAACUCUUCUUUCAUUUAUCCCGGGACCGAGUGUUCACAGAAGAUAGGGCGCGGUUCUAUGGUGCAGAAAUAGUGUCGGCACUGGAGUACCUACACUCACGCAAUGUAGUUUACAGGGAUUUAAAGCUGGAGAACCUCAUGUUAGACAAAGACGGUCACAUAAAGAUAACAGACUUUGGGCUGUGUAAAGAGGGGAUCACAGACGGUGCCACCAUGAAAACCUUCUGUGGGACUCCAGAGUACCUGGCACCUGAGGUGCUAGAAGACAAUGACUACGGAAGAGCGGUUGACUGGUGGGGCCUGGGCGUGGUCAUGUACGAGAUGAUGUGUGGACGGUUGCCCUUCUACAACCAGGACCACGAGCGUCUCUUUGAGCUCAUCCUCAUGGAGGAGAUCCGCUUCCCUAAGAACCUGGCUCCUGAGGCCAAGGCCCUGCUGGCUGGCCUGCUCAAAAAGGAUCCCAAACAAAGGCUCGGAGGAGGACCAGACGAUGCCAAAGACGUAAUGAGCCACAAGUUCUUCACCUCCAUCAACUGGCAGGAUGUCAUUGAAAAGAAGCUCGUUCCACCCUUCAAGCCCCAGGUAACAUCAGAGACGGACACGCGUUACUUCGAUGAUGAGUUCACAGCACAAACCAUUACAAUAACUCCUCCAGACAAGUAUGACAGUUUAGAUGCAGAGGAUUCAGAUCAGCGUACGCACUUCCCUCAGUUCUCAUACUCUGCCAGCGUACGGGAAUGAUCGCUCAGACUUUUGAACAAGCAGUUCACAACUCCAGCACCUCUUCUCACUGGCUCAGGCACAGCCAUCAUACUUCUAGCCUAGCGUCCUGCUUUGGAAACAGCAGGGCCGGAUAUCAGAACCACUGCACUGAUGGACUCCACUGUGGAUUUGCCUUCAUUGCUAUCAUGGCCAUAAGGGGGUGCUGCUGAACUUUUUUAAUAUUGGUUGUGAAGCCAUACACUGAACCUCGCUGCUGGCCACGCUUUAAGCAAUGCUUCACAGCUAAACAUGCAAGUUAGUAGCUCUGACCUCUCCUGUAGGCAUACACGGGCACAAGAAGUGCCUCUUCACUAUUGUGUAAAUACCAAAAAAAAAAAAAAAAAAAAAAAAAAGCUUGAUGGAGAAUGCAGCAUUCGUAGAAGGGGAGGCCUGCAGCUUUGUAGUAUUUGAUUUGCAGCUUUACUAUGGUUACCUUGCUUCUCUGUAUAUUUGAAUGUGAUCAACAGUCACGAAUGUCACACCUGAUGUUGGUGUAACAAGAUUUUUUUUCUUUUUUUGCUUGUUGCUGUUAGUUGAGGCUCAGAGGGCAAUGAAAAAAGCAAUCUUAAAGGGGAGGGCGAUGUCCUGGUAGACAGUUUCAGCCCCCCUUUGCAAGACUUUACAAUGUAACGGGUGAUACCUGCUACAAUAUGGUAGCUUAUAACAUUUGCAACUAUAAUGUGCCAGUAAACAU